CACAACCACCGUAUGUGAUGAGGCAAUGUAUCCAGAGCGUUUUGUUCUUUUGGGAUUCAUAUUCUUGUUUACGAUUGGUCGGGUGGCAUUUGACACUUUUCAGCAGCACUACUCUCCUCCAAAGGUCGCUACUCGCGUUUCAGCACCGGGAAGCAGCAGCGGCAGCAGCAGCAGCGACCACGAUGGCAAUGCCUCCCGUGUUGCGAUUUGCCUGUUGGGACAGCUGCGACACUUCGAGCUAACCGGUCCGAGCAUCCGGAAGUUCGUCAUCGACGCACACAAGGACGCUGAUAUCUUCCUCAAUGUCCCGCUGGACGAGAACACCUGGAAGAUCGCACUGCUCGGGGUCAACGCCCGCUUCCGGAUCGCCAGGAUCUUCAGGGCGUAUGACAUGCUCGAGAGCACGAUGCACAAGGAGCUGCUCAAGUCGAAAAGCUCUCCAAACGGCGUCCAAGGCCUCCUGCAGUACUUCAGCCUGGUCGAAGGCUGCAUGCAGCUCAUCGUGGCCUACGAAAAGAUGCACGGCUUCCAGUACAAAUGGAUCGUGAGGACAAGGCUGGACGGCUACUGGACCGCGCCACUCCCGGCCACCAUCUUUCGUCCCGGAGUCUACACGGUGCCGUAUGGUUACGACUUUGGCGGUCUCAACGACAGGCUCGGUGCUGGGGACCGGCAGACGACCAUGGCCACCAUCAACCGGCUCAGCAUCCUCCCCAGUCUCCACGCGCAAGGCUACCGCAACAUCCACUCGGAGCGCGUGUUCGAGGUCCACCUCCGUGUCUCGGGCAUCCGGGUGGCGAAAGAGAUGCUGCCGUUUUGCAUCUUGAGCCACCGGAACUUCCCCUGGCCGGUGCUCGAGACCCCAGUGGCGUCCAUCCUCAGCAAAGGUCCUCUCAACGGAGCUUACUGCAGACCGUGCACUCCCAAGGCCGGGCAACGAGAGUCCAACCGGAUCGUGAGGAAGCUGUACAGGAACACGGGGUGGUGGAGCGUGGACAGGUCCGGGUGGAUUCCCACGGAUGGAGUGACGCUGGAGCUGUGCGAUGCGUCGAAGCAGGCGUGGGAGGAUGGCUGGGAGGCGGUGUUUGACAGGGCCUCCGGGAGGGAGGCCGCGGAGAUUCGGAUGAGGCUCGGCAACGCGUCGCUGGCGGACUGUAUCGAGCAGAAUGAGGAGUUCCAGCGAGGGUGGGAGAUUUGGGACGGGAUGUCGCCCAAGGAUCUGUGCUUGCACUCGAGAAGAGAUGGACAAAACUUUCCUUUGCAUUGAAAGAUCUUGUUCUCUUUUCCCUGAAGACUGUAAAACUAAGCACUUUGCUUACGCUGGUGCUAAGUUUCCGGAUUCUCGGUCUUGGAGAGAGAAAUGACGUUGAAGUCUAGCGAUCCGGGGUUCAUGGAGAUGAAGUUUUGGAUGACUUUCACGGAAUCCUGGAGAGAAGAGUGUCUAGAGAACUUGUAUGAUGUGAUCACAAGGUUUUGUUACCUUGAGCACUGAUGAUGGAGAGGAAGGGCCAUGGUAGACUGGUUGUUCUUUACGGCCAUCUAGCUCGUAGAGACCACCUAGACAAGAGAAUGAAAUAAGUUGAGAUAUUUUUAGCGGA